AUGCUAUAUACCUGCAGUCGGGUGCAGUGGCGACGGCGGCCUACUACGGUAGUGGCGGCUGUGUUGUUGGCGCUCGCGGUAUUAACGCCACGGAUAUCGACAGCACAGAAGCUAUUGCAAACGCCAACGAAAGGCGGAUUAACUCCUUCAGUAGCAUCAUCACCUUCCCAAAACAAUAUCAAUUAUUUCGCCGUAAACGAAGCUAAUUCACCAUUGGCCAUUUUGGAUUUACUUGAAGCUACUAUGCAAAUAUACCAUAAUUAUCAACAUCAUUACAGCGGUAGUAAUAAAAGUGAUACUACUGGUUUUACAUUGGGAGUGCUACUCGUGGCUGUAUCAGAAGAUGAAUUUUCUCAUCCCGAUGUUUUUCCUCCCAACCGGUUAAGACCAGCAUAUAGCAUGCAAGGUGCGUUGAGACAAUUAAAAGUUCCUGACAUUAUUUACAAACGUGCAAUUCAUUUAUUACGAGGUGCGGACGAGUUAACUAUAGCGGCAGUAGUCCGACAAGAACGUGCUAACACUGGAUCCAUAGUAUCAUUUUCCCUCGACUCCAACAGAUACUUGGAAUUAGAAUCAAGUGGACGUAAAGACGAGGUGAGGUUGCACUAUGUAUCACAGAGUAGCCGUCGUGUUCAUACCGAAGUGUUUGCGUACUCUCUGGCUGAUGGCCAUUGGCAUGCUGUGGCCGUAACACUGAGCGGUACCCAAGCACGUCUGUUCAUAGACUGUCGUCUAGUAUACACGCGAACUUUGGUCGCUGGACCGGCUGACACUAGUUUUCUAGGGUCGCCUGACCUGUACGUAGGCCAACGCAACAGAGGAGUGCAUUCGAUUUUCAAGGGGCUUCUGCAAGACGUCCGGUUGAUCAGAGGGGCAGACGGACAACGGGUGCAGUGCCCUAACCUGGACACGUCGUGUCCGACGUGCGGUCAAUUCAUCGCCAUGCAAAAAACGAUGGAAAACCUGAACAAAAUUGUGCAUCUGUUGAGCAUCAAGCUCGAGGCAGCCGAAAUGAGAAUUUCCGAAUUAGAAACUUGUGAAUGUCGCAAACCAUGUGUACAGUUUGAUGAACGCAGUAAUAACACAGUAAUGAAAGUCGAUGGAUCAGUGUGGCAACACGAAUGCCAAACGUGUACAUGUUUGCGCGGUCAAGUAGAAUGUUUGCCGGUUAGAUGUCCCCUAGCUGAUUGCAAGUUUCCAAUACGAAAACCUGGUGAAUGUUGCGACACUUGUCAAAAACCAUGCCGAGCCAAAGGUGAUAUUGUAUUCGAACACGGUGACACAAUAAAUUUGGAACCAUGCUUAACCUGCAUUUGUCUCAAUGGAGUUGUUAAGUGUGACAAAGUAGAUGCACAAACUCAAUGUCCGGUAUUAGAAUGUGACAUAUCCGAACAAUUUUCCGUACCAGAUCAGUGUUGUAAAUUUUGUCCAGGCGUCGAUUAUUGUGCACGAGGUGGACGUGACUCGUGUCAUCCGAACGCUACUUGUAUCAAUCUAAAAACCACACACAAGUGUGCGUGCGCUGUUGGGUACGCUGGUACCGGUUUACAGUGUGAUGAUGUGGACGAAUGCCUGAGCGUCGGCGGGCCAAAUGGACACCACUGCGACGUGAACACGACUAUUUGCGUGAACACACCUGGAUCGUACUCGUGCAAGUGCAACGCAGGGUACGCGCGUCUCAACAGGUUCGAAUGCGUGGACGUGGACGAGUGCAGCAGCGCGGAACCUCCGUGUCACGUACACGCCGCUUGUGCCAACUCGCCGGGCGGUUACAGCUGCAAGUGCGCCGACGGUUACGAAGGGGAUGGCUACACUUGCAGACCUGUGUGCCAGCAAAAGUGUUUGAACGGCGGCGUGUGCACACGGCCAGAUGUGUGCUCGUGCCCGAACGCUUUCGAGGGGCCUGCUUGCGAGCUGGACGUUGAUGAGUGUACCACAGGGGCACACGGAUGUCUAGGCCCCUCGUCCCGGUGCGUCAACAUGGCUGGAUGGUAUUACUGUGCGUGUAGCCCGGGGUACCAAAACGUGAUCAUGUAUCCGGCUUCGGCCGACAUCGCCACCACAGCUACUAGUGACUUGAACGCAAUGGAAUCGGCCUGGUCGCCUUCGUUGGGCACAAUGUGUCAAGAUAUCGACGAAUGCGCGACUAAUAACCAUACGUGUCAUCCGACGGCUACGUGUGUGAACACCGUGGGAUCAUAUGAAUGCAAAUGCCCUACGACCCAUGCCAAUGCCGGUAACAUCUCUUCGAAGUGUAAAUCGAGUUGUUUGUAUAAGGACGGCAGUAACGCAGUGACGGAAGUGAAUGACGGCGCCUGGUUCUCAAAAGAUUGCACCAACUGCACGUGCACAAGUGGACGUUUACGUUGCUCACGAAUUGAAUGCGAUUGCACAAACAAUGACCAUGUACAAUCGAUUUGUUGCGCUCAUUGUAACGCACAAGCGUCGUGCGUUCAUCAGGAAUUGACGAACGUGAGGUUCCGCAGUGGCCAACAAUGGAUAUACCAGUGUCAGACAUGCGAGUGUUUAAUGGGCCAAGUGGAUUGCUGGCCAAUGCAGUGUCCACCGAUGCUGCCCGCGGGCGUGGGCAGUUGUAGCGACUCGACGGCAGCCACGUUCGCCGAGUAUAACAACCCGGUGGCCGAUUGUUGCGCACCCAGAUGCGAUACCAAAGCCGUCGCGUCGGGUUCAUCGGCAGCGGCGACCACGACGGCGAUGACCGCUGCCGAUCCGUGUCUACAGCAGCAGCUGCAGCUACAACCACUUGAUGAUUACCGGCACCCGGAAGUAAACGACGAAGACGACGACGAUGAUAACGACGACGGCGACCGCAGCAAAAACACCGACGAAGACAACGGCAAUAACGGCAAUAACACUACGCCGUCGCCCUUGGGCCAACCGUGUUUUUACGGCGGACGGGCCUAUCAGUCGGGAGCCCGCUGGGACGAUCCGGUGGAUAUGUGCACGUCGUGCGAUUGCAAGGUGCCGCCGUACUGCGCCCAAUCGGUGAGCAAUAUCGCGUGUUGUGUGCAUCGGACGGAGUACUAUGUUGUUCUUACAACGUGCACCACUGCAAUAAUAGUGCUAUUGCCGGUGCAUCAAAUCAAUCAUCAACUACAGACGUCAACUAUAAUGUGUCUACUGAUCAGCCUCAUCACAUUUCUAACGAAAACACCAGUAGUCAAUCUACCGAUACGAAAUUACAGCCAGAUGUUGUUAAACGGAGUCUUCGGCGUCGAAGACAAGCAAAAAUGGUUAACAAUGAUGACAGUAACAUUAGGGACACUGUCAAUACUACUUCUUUUGAAUAUAGUAAUAAUAACAAUAAUAGCUUUAACAAAAAAGACUGGUGGUGGAGGAAAACAAGACGGCGAAAAAGAAGAAGGACUCAAAAUACGAGUAGCCGUCGGAACCAAAUUAAUAGUGUUAGUAGUGAAAAACAUUUUAACAGUAAUAAUAAGUUUAUCAAUAAUUAUGGCAUUAAUAGUAAAAAUGAAGACAAUAAUAUUAAUAAUAAUAACGAUAACCACCACGAUAGAAUUGUUGUAA